AUGGUCUCCAAACACCUCACUUGGCUCAAAGAAGAACCAUUACCACCAGAAAUGUUCGAUGCGAAUUCGAAAUAUGAAUCUUCUCUCAGUAUCACUGGCGAUUCAUCAAAUGAAAUCAGUGAAAAUGAGUGUACAGGGGAUUGCCGAAAGUUUUACCACGGUAAAUGUGUAGAUAUUAAUAAACAAGAUCUCAAUAAAUUUCUUAUGCAUGGAGUGCACUGGAUAUGCCCAAGUUGUAGAGACGUGACAAAUAAUACAUCUAUUGUGAUUGGAACCGAAAGCAAUGAUACUGAUAUGGAAUCUGUACCUUCUUCAGUCACUUUGAUAUUGAAAGAUAUCCAAGAAAAUCUGCGAUCUCUCAAUAAGAAAUAUGAGGAUGUUAUGGACUCUGUCAAUUUCUGUAGCAAUCAAAUCAGCACUUUCGAAACCGCUAUGAAUAGAAUGAACGAGAAAAUAGCGUCACUGGAGAAAGUGAACCGAGAAAAUGUUAACUUGAAAAUAGAAGUAUCCCAACUACAUACCAAAGUGGAUCUCUUGGAACAGCAAACUCGAGCGAAUAACCUAGAAAUACAAGGUGUGGCCUUCAAAGAAAAUGAAAAUCUGUUGAGCAUUAUGUGUAAGAUUGGUGAACACGUCAAGUGUCCUAUUGCCGAGGCAGACAUAGACACCGUGUAUCGUGUUGCCCCCCAUCCCUCGUCUGCUCAACAGAUGAAACCCAUCAUAGUCAAACUAUUAAAUAAGCAUAAACGGGAUUCGAUUCUAGCUGCAACCAAAAGACUCAGGCGUGAAAGCAAUACUGCUGGUAUUGCUAUAGAAAAUAUAUCAAAGAAGUUAUUCAUAAAUGAACAUCUAACCAGUAAGAUGAAGUUGCUGCUCAAGAAUACCAAGGAAGCCGCCAAAAGCAAGAACUUCAAAUUUGUUUGGGUCGCAGUGAUUGAUGUACCUCACACUGAACAAAGGGUAAGUUAG